AGGCUUGCGCUGAUAACUUUUUGGCGGACUGAUCAUGGACAUCAAAACCACAAUGUAUUUUUUGUGUCUUUGUCUUUUCUUUAUAUCUUCAUCAAUUGUAAGGGGUGCUCCUUGCUAUACACUAGCGCCUGGUGUAGUUUACUACAGGGAAAGAAUUUGUGCUUGUUGGAGAUGGUGGCCGUGGAGAAAUUAUUGCAUCUAUAACCGUUUUGUCACCCGUUCACGCUACGCACUUAUUCAGAGAUGUUGCCCAGGAUACGUAGGGAGUGAUUGUGGAACACCUAUUUGCAAUUGCAAAAAUGGCGGAACUUGCGUAGCUCCAGAUGUAUGUAGUUGUCCGCUAGGGUAUGGAGGAAAUUCAUGCCAAAUUCCCCUGUGUAACCCGACAUGCAAGAAUGGAUACUGCACCAGUCCUAAUCAGUGUACGUGUUAUCCGAAAUACAAAGGUCCUGACUGCUCUGAUCCUAUUUGCGAACCGGAAUGCAAAAACAAAGGAGUCUGCCAAAGCCCCGACACCUGUUUAUGCGAUGAAGAUUAUGGUGGUCCGACUUGUACAGAUGCCAUUUGCAAACCUCAUUGUUUGAAUGGUGGCAGUUGUACCUCUCCACCCAGUACAUGUUCCUGUACAGAUAACUAUAAUGGAUCACGAUGUCAAACUCCUGUUUGUAAUCCACAAUGUCAAAAUGGCGGAUCAUGCGUAUCACCAGACACGUGUUCUUGUUUAGAGACGUACACCGGAAGUACCUGUGAAACCCCUUUGUGUUCUCAUCACUCUCCCUGUUUCCCUGGAGAAUGUACUGACACUAUAAAUUGUCAGUGUAAUGCUGGCUUUACGGGAGAUGGAGGACUUCAACGAUGUAAAACCUUGGAUACUAAUAACACGCCCAUCAUAACGAAAUGUUCAGCAUCUCUGGCUAAUAUUGAGAGAACUGGAGAUAAAAGAGAGCUGUACCGAUUCAUGACAGAUUCUUCCGAUCCAAACUCUACAGAACCUGACAUGUUGUGGUUAAGCGAUAAGGACUACAACUACGUCAUAGCAGAUUUUUCUGCAAUAUAUGCUCCUCCUGAUAACUUCACACAACCAGAUUACGUCGCCAACUUUACAUUAGGAAUAGUGAAAGGGAAGAUGCUACUAGAUUUACGUAAAGUAGAUAGAAAAGAUCCAAACAAUCCAUUCAUAAGUUUGAAUAGAUCAAUAUAUGAAUGCCCAAGUCAACCAGGAUCUGCAAAUCCAAGCACAGGCUUGUUCCUUUGCAACGUCACCAACCCGAAUUUCGACAGACUGUUAGAGGACGGAGAUAAUUUGACAUUAACCGUAGUAGCCGAAAAUGGAGGAUUUCGAACAUUGAAGAAACCAUCGAACACAUAUGAAAACGACUACUUCAUCGGCCAAACCUCGCAGAAAUCAAUGCUGUUUCGGUUUGACUUCCGAAAACCACACCACUGUCUGCUGGAUGGUCCAUGCCAAUCAAAAGCUUUCACUGUAGACAAAGAUAUCACAAAGGAUUCACUUACAUUUUCCUGGGAUGGAUGGUCUGAUUCGCUCUCCGGAAUGGGAAGGUAUACAAUUCAGGAGUUUCUUCUUAAACCGAACGAGAACGUGAAUCCAAAUCUUACAGAGCCAAAUCCUUGGGAUCCAUCUAAGUCAUUCUCCUUUAGUGACUCGGAAAGAAAUUUUACAUACACACCAGAUCAACCGGGAAUGUACGCCUUUCUCCUGAAUGUAAUAGAUAAUGCAAACAAUACUCAAUAUGCAAGAACUCUGGUUUUAUAUGAUAAUCAAUCUUCAGUUACCAUCGAUACGAAUUCGCCCCUAAUUGCAACAAGUGCAGCAGAAGAGACAAACUAUAAAUGGCAGAAUAGUCUGACUACCAACAUAUCCAUCUCCUGGAGAGGACAUUUCAGAAACACAUUUCAUGAAAACAAUAAACUCUUAGUUCCUGUAACACCCUAUAAAUACUACAAUCAUUAUGUAAAAUUCCACAAAGCUGUGCCGGAUAAGCUAGAGGAUAAAUACGGCGAUAGAACACUGGCACGUGUAACAAAUGUGCACGGUAUCGUUGGAUUUCAAUACACGUAUCGACAUGUGAAUCAGGGAAGUCAACCACCGUCUGAUUGGAAUCCUGUAAGCGAUAUAAACUCACAAACAGCAUCUUUCAAUAUCCCAAGGAGUAAUGGAGAUGGUUUAAAUGUGUGGGUUAAAGCCACUGACGUCCUUGGAAAUAAACAGAUUGACGUCAUGCAAGUUUACUUUGACGAAACGCCUCCAGAUCCUUUAACACAAAGGAGUGUCAACUUCAUCAAAAAUCUGAAAAAUUCCACCUUUCCUUUCUCAAGUCGCUUAGUGGUUGAGGCUCACGACGGUGACAGUGGUAUACACAAAAUAAGUUGGAUUUUCAAGUCGAAUUACAGCGAUGCCAUCUUUAAAACUGGUUUUAUACCCGGAAACAAAUCAGAGACGAUGCUUAAUUUCAAAGAUGGAUACGACGACCGCAUGGGCGACUAUUUUUAUUACAGCCAUUACCUAGAAGUUAAUAACUGCUGGAUGGUGGUUUCCAAGGAAAAUUUUCAGACUGAAUUUAUCAAUUUGGAGCUCACGGCCUAUAACAGAGCUUUGGAAUCAACUAACUUCUCCUUGAUGAUACCGGAUUUAGAAUCCUUGGACGGAAUAGACGAGUAUUCUGGGCCAACAAAUCUGCGCGUGGUAGAGACGUUCGACAAUGGAGUACGGUUGCAGUGGAUUGUCUCCCCUACCUGUUACACGAUAACAAGGAUUACUGUUACGGGAGUAUCAACUGGCGGGAAAACGUUUUAUCGUCUGGUUGACAAGGACUCCGAUUACUUCGAUCUCACAGGGCUGGACUCAGAGACGACGUAUAACUUAUCUUUCGUCACAGAAUAUGGAAAUCAGAGAAGUGAUCCAGUAUUUCUCACGUUCCGUACCAUGGAAUCGCCAGCUGCUCUUACUACUGGUGCAAUUGCUGGCAUAUCCACAGUAAUGUUGAUUUUGCUUGGGGUUAUCAUUGCUGGCGUGAUCCUAUGGAGAACUGGAAGGUUGACAGUCGCCAAACAGGGGAUUCAAAGGCGUAUGACGGUUGCAAGACAAAGAAUUCAAAACCGUUUCUCGCAUGCAGUUUAUAACAUUGAUCAAGAGGAUAUUUACUUGUACGGACAAAUGACCGUCAGUGAAUCAGAAGAUUGGGUAAUACCCCACGCUGCUAUUGUUUUGGAAAGCUUACUGACCAGUGGAAGGUUUGCUGAUAUAUAUAAAGUGAGAUACAACCCAAAGAAGGGCUCACCAGGAGAUAUGUUUGUAGCUAAACUGUUGAAAAGUGGUUAUACGGACGAAGAUCAAAUGAGCAUGCGCGCUAAGAUUAAUUAUUAUGUUAAGAAAGUGGGAGAACAUCCGAAUAUUUUACGCUUCGUUGGAGCUGCGGUAGACGACCUGACACUGGGUCCCUAUAUGGUACUUGAAUUGUGCGAGUUAGGACAACUCAGUACCUGGUUACAAAAGGAAAAGGACAAAGCCAACGAGGACACGUCAGAACAAUUAUGUCGAAUCAGCUACGGAAUUUCUAAAGGAAUGUUUCAUCUGGAAACUAGGAAGCUGGUGCAUAGAAGACUAGCUGCUAGAAAUGUCCUUCUGACUGGUGAACUGGAACCGAAAAUUUACGGAUUUUGUCCGCAAAAUGAAGCGGAAGCUGACGAAAAAGACAAUGAUGGCGAUGUUAAAGAGGACAAGGAACGUAUUCCUGUCAAGUGGACUGCCCCUGAGUGUUUGGAGUCAAUGAGAAAAGCUACUCCGAAGAGUGAUGUUUGGUCAUAUGGCGUUGUUCUCUGGGAAAUAUUCAGUUUUGGUGAAGUUCCCUAUCCUGGAAUACGAAGUAGAGAUGUUCAGGCACAUCUUAGAAACGGAAACAGGAUGAACAGGCCGGAAUUUGCCAAUGAAUUCUACUACAACCUGAUGACACAGUGUUGGCAGAGAAAACGAGACCGAAGACCAUCAUUCAAAGAUAUCACUGCUGACAUUGGAAAGACCUUCAACACGGUGCCCUCGGACGACUUUUACUACUAUUCCGAGAACCAGACUGAGUGACCUUCGUGGUUUCCAUGUGACUAUUGUAUUUGCUGAUAUAACUGAAAAUGUAUACCUUAAAAUGUGCACCAAGGAAGCCAUAGCUUCAAUAUUAGUACAUGAUUCCUUUUUAACCCAAUUAACAGUCUUAUUAAAACUAUUUUCAUUAUCCUUACACUCGUCAGGUUUUGACAGGCAUCGAAAGGUCAUCUUUGCACGACCUCUACAUUUGCUUACGAUCUAAAAAUAUCAACCAAUCAUACAAGAGUUGUUAUGUAAUUUACUACCAGGUGUAUCUUUUCAAUAUUAAAGGUAACAAAAUAUAAAACAUGACCACAUGAGAUAUUGAAAAUACUAUAAGGAACAUUCUAUCCAAGUUUUAAGUAAAAGAACUUAUAAAAGAGCAGCGCCAAAUUUUGGACUGCCUUUUUGUAGGCAAAGAUCACUUCGCCGCUUUGCCUGCAGGUUAUGGGAAAUCCCAAUGAUAUCAAAUUCUUGCGCCGGUUUAUCACAAAUUACGAGAUUAGAAAGUGUUUGUGUUGGUGUGCUACCCUCUUAAUGGAAAACCAGGUGUAACCGAUAAACAAGACGCAGUUUAUAUCUGAUGAAUGUAUUUUUAUAAAACCAUCUGACAUAGCAUGUCCCCCAAAAAGUGGAAUACUAAUGCUGUUAUUUGCAGUAUUACCAAUUAUGAUAUCAAUUGCAGUGGCAUACUGAUCUUAUUUUGAAAAAUGUAACCUUUCGCGACUAUUUUCAAGAAUGCAGAAAGCCUUUUAUUGUUUAGAUAUAUUCUCAGUAUAAGAUUGAGACUUAGUCAAAGAAAUCACUUGUUGGGGUGGUCACGGAGAGGAGAGGAUUUCCCCUCCUGAUACGACAAAACAUCUAAAUAUGUCCAUUAAAAUAAGCCAUGUAGAUUAAUUCCUUAUCAUUUACGAUAUUAUGAUAGUCUAAGUUUCAGCGCUUGAUCCACCUUUGUGCGUAGGUGAAGAGACAUAUGCAUUCUACAUGUAAUUGUCACGAAUGUAAGGAAAAGGGGUGGUUUUAAUCAGACUGCACAAUUAUUUAACUUCAUGUUAUUGCUUUGCACUGUUUUUGCAACAUUUAACGCUUAUGAUUUUCUUUAUUCGUGAAUAAUGAUUUUAAUUGAACCAUUUGGACAUAGUAUUUCAUGAAAAGUUAUUUGUGUUCAGAUCUACCCUUAUUUUGUUUAUUUACUACAUUAUAUUCAAUUUAGUUAAACAUUUCAGAUUUUCUUGAUCGUACAGCUAAAAUGAAUAUUAAUUACCUUUAAGUUUAAUUAAGAAAUAUACGCCUAAUUUGUUGUACCAUGGCGGUAGUGGCCAAUAAUUACACCCCAUCCCUCUGUUGAUACCUUGUCACUCGGGGUGUGGUGUUGAAAAAUUCAAUCCCACUCUUUCAACACAGCUACAUGUAUUAGAUAAUAACAAUAUUCGAUCUGCUAACAUAUCAUGAAAAUAUACUUUUGUUUGUCUCCUACCAAUUUUUGUUUUCCGGACUUUGAUUGCGGAAGUUGAAAUUUGAAAUAUAAUUUGGGCAAUAACUAUCUUCUCAUUCAUUAUUUGCGACUAUUUGAUUCGUAAACUAGGUUUUACCAAAGACACGUGAGCGGAUUAUGUAAAACGGAUUAUUUUCGACCGUUAAAAUCAGCAUUGAAAAAGGUCGCAAAUAAGAAAUUAAAAGAUAGUUAUUCACAUUCUAACGUAAUUCGGGCUUUUUGGUGUUUAUGUCUUAUUCUGUUCGCUCUGUUUGUUAUCUUCACCUUUCUGUUGAAUUUUGCUUUAUAUUGAAUGAAAGACGUCAUAAAAUGUUUAUCCGUGAU